AUGGACAUCCCCGGAUCUAUAACGCUGCCAAAGGGCAUCCUCACCAACUCUAGCACCGUCUACGACGAAGUGGCCGCCUACUCUACCCUGCCCGCCGACAAGGUGCACCAGUACUGGCACGUAUACACCACAACCAACAAAAAGCUCAAGGACCCAACCGCUCGUCGUCUAGAGAAUUUCUGGUGGCAUGUCUGGGGCAGUGACCGCUCUAAACUGAGCGGCCCCGUUCUAGCCCGAAUCUUUGAAGACAUUUCCCUUGGGCCGACAGUUGUCCCGUUAAGAGGGCCGCCGAAUAGAUGGGAAGGACCAGAUGCCGCACCGUUGACCGUUGAAAUGAUUAUGGCUCAUAUACAAAGAAAUCUGCACAACGAUGCCGGAAAAAAAUCGGCAUCGACUAGAAGACACAAUGAGAGAGCUGCCGCCAGAGUCUCCUCCUCCAGCGCUCUUCGUCCCUCGCAGCCGCCUCCUAUCCUGAAAAAGGCAGGCAGCUCGUCUACAAACGUUACCAGGCAUACUGCUACUGCUCGCUUCGUUUCGCCCCACGAAUCCGCAGAGGAAGAUGAUGCCGAGAGUGAUAUUCCGUCAUCAGGAAAUGCAGGAAAAGAGCCAUCAACAGCGCCAGCCCGCGAUAAAACUGCCGGAGGAAAGCAAAAAGCUACGCGUCGCUCACAGCAAGAAGCGGCGUCCGAUCACACAGAGCUGUCCAUGGCCAACCCAACGCGCUCCCUCUUUACCGCGGCGACUUCUUCGACAACCAACGUGGCCGUGCAGGGUACCAUAAUUGACCAGUCUGGGAGCAUACCGAGCCUGCCGCAGAUAUCGAUAUCGAACUUUCCUAGAGACGAGCCCAGCUCACACGGGGGGUCGUCCACGUCGUCCUUGCGAGAGACGCGAUUGACACCAACGCAGCCGAGCAGCUCCGUAGUCCUGCCCCUGGGGCGCACCAAGAGUCAGCUCACGCUUCUCUUGGAACGUGAAAAGGAAAGGCCAAGAAGUUGA